AUGGUUGGUGAAGCAGGAUUUGGAUUUGCGGCUGCGAGCACUUGGUGGUUGUUGGCGGAGAGUGCAGAAAACAUGGUGGUUGUUGGCGGAGAUGGUAGAGAACGUGUUGGAUGGUUCGAAGGAGGGGGGCCGUCAAAUUUGCGGUGUCGCCGCCGUAAAUCCAAUCCAUCACCGCCAGCAAUUCUACCCAAUGAGCUUAUCACCGAUAUUCUAUCUCGGCUUGGGGUCAAAUAUCUGAAGCAGAUGAAAUGUGUGAGUAAGUCACGGAACACUCUUAUCUCUGAUCCUAUAUUCAUCAAAAUGCAUCUUAACCGUUCAUCACUAAAUCCACAAUUCUCACUAAUAGCUGCAAAUAACAAUGAUCACAGUUUUGUACGCUUCCCUGUUAAUCAGUUAUGGGAAAACCGUAGGAUCAAUAUUCCUCAUGAUCCUUAUUACCAAUUGAAUGACAAGAAUUGUAAUGAGAUUGUUGGUUCUUGUAAUGGACUCGUAUGCUUGGUAGGUUAUUCUCUCAAUGAGAUUACUAGAUAUAGAUUUGAAUAUUGUAAAUUCACGUUCGGUUAUGAUAAUUCAACUCAAACUUAUAAAGUGGUGUCAUUACGUUCCGUUACGGAUUGUACUAUAUCGGAAACCAAUGUGAAAGUUUUCAGUUUAGGUGAUAAUGUUUGGAGAACUAUUCAUGGUUUCCCUGCUGCUUCUCUUCAAUUGGACUUUGGUUACGAGUACGAUGGUGUACAUUUGAGUUGCACUAUUAACUGGUUGUCUGUUCAGGAUGUGUUUGGGAGAGAUGAUGCUGUUGAGCAACAUGUAAUCAUUUCGCUUGAUUUGAGCACAGACACAUUCACACAGAUGAUGCCUCCUGAAAAUUAUGAUAAUCGCGGGUGUAUAUCGCCAAAUAUUUGCGUGUUGAUGGAUUCCCUUUGUUUUUCUUAUGACAAGGGAACCGAAUUUUUCAUAUGGCAGAUGACGCAAUUCGGAGAUGAAAAGUCUUGGUCUCAAUUCCUUAAGUUAAGAUAUUGCAAUGUUGGAAUAUAUUAUGAACUUGGUCACCCACGUGUAACGCCGCUGCAUCUUUCUGAGGAUGGUGAUACACUAUUAUUAGCAAACGACCAACAAGACAAUGCAAUUCUCUAUGACCGGAGAAAUAACAGAGCAAAGAAAACUAGAAUUAACAAGAAGAUAUGUUGGUUCUCUAUCAGAGAUUAUGUCGAAAGUUUGGUUCCAAUAUGUUGA